UCGAGUCGAAACUUCCGAGCGGUCUCGUGUCUUCCAUCGAAACAUCGAAAACCUCUAUCAGUCCCAACACGUUCAUACCUUAAAGUGUCGGUAGCUAACUCCAGGCAGCUCUGUCUCGGUGUAAAUUGGCUGAAGGAUCAAUCCCAAUUCAACCUCCGAGUGUCGCGAGCCUAAAGUGUCUAACGGUGGUGCUAUGACAGUGUUCAGACCCUGAAGCCACCAGAAGAAGUGACAGUUUCUGACAUCAAAGCGACCUAGCCAUGCAGACCACGCAGCAACCGGUUAGCCUCCAGUCGCAGCGUCUCCAAGGAAUCUACAUCCUGGACAACAGCGAUAGCUCUGGUAUCCCCCACAGUGCUGGUAGCUCGGCAAGCAAUUCACCGGACCACUAUGAACGUUUCUCUCCUCCAACCCACCUGAUGGACCUCAGCAGCCCCCCCGAGCAUAGAGACCUACCAGGCUACCAGCCUCAUCAUCACCAUCACCACCAUCAAAUAGUCUAUCAGCCAGGUAGCUAUUUGAUGUACGAGAACCAAGGAGAAGACAAGAGGUACCAGGACCAGCACAGUGGCAAAAUGCUCAGGGACCUACAAGCUGAAGUGACGGAGUACGAAAGACGUUUACAUGACAACUCACCUGGAUUUCUGUCCGAUCACAGCAGGGAUCACGAACAGAGCCUGUACCUGACCCCGUCGCCGCAGAUGUACUCUCCCGGCGGCGAAGAGAUGCCGCCCAGGCAUCAGCCUCAGGGCUACCACCACGUGGAGUCCGUGGAUUACAAGCCCGACGUGAUAGAGUACAAGCCAGAGAUCGAUCAGCAGAGGUACAAGCAGACUGAGAUGACCCAGAUGACCGAAGCAUCCUCUUCCACGAAGAGCUACGGCAUCGAGGGAGCCAGAAGUGGCGGAAAGAGGAAGAGGAAGUCGAGCUGCGUCGAAGGGGAGUCCGAAGGUGAGAGCAACGCUUCCUCCACCAAAUCGAAGGUGAGGAGAAAGAGCGGUGCUACCUUUGAGGAGAUCCAGACUCAAAGGGUUAUGGCGAACGUGAGGGAGAGGCAGAGGACCCAGAGCUUGAACGAGGCGUUCGCUGCGCUGAGGAAGAUUAUACCGACCCUGCCCAGUGAUAAACUGAGCAAGAUACAGACGCUGAAGCUGGCCACUAGGUACAUCGACUUCCUGUUCCAGGUGUUGCACUGCAACAUGGAGAACACCGACGGCGGAGAGGAGGCUGGUGAGAGAACUCCGAGAAGUGCAGUGCUGGCAGCACGAGAGAUAACUUCAUCAUCCUGCAGCUACAUGGCACACGAGAAGCUGUCCUACGCCUUCAGCGUCUGGAGAAUGGAAGACGACUGGAACUCGAACAUUUGAAGUUCCAUUCGAAGAUAUUCCGUCAUCAGUAUUUUCAUCUACGAGGUAAACAAAGUGUCAGAAUAGGACGAAAAACAAUCUCAGCGGUUUCCUAUUUUCGCUGGCUCGAAAAUAUCGAAAUCAUUCAUCGAAAAGACGUUCCAGAACGUGUUUAUGCGCGCGUGAAACGGUGGCAGAUGCUCGGUAAUCUGUCGACUCGUGUUCAAGUAUCUUCAAUAUUUCUCAGUGCCGAAGAUUUUCACUGUUGUUCGUUAUAAAAAUACGUUGGCAGUUUGAUUGUUCAACUUUUCUGAUUUUCUGAUUCUAAGUUCUGUGGCUUUCGAUAAAAAUAAUUGUUUCUUUCUUUAAUAUUCUGGAAAGAUUAUAUUUUGCAGAAGAUUAUAGGUUUGAGGACUGACUUGUGAAAAUGAAACGAAAGUUCAGUUAGAAGUCGACUAAUAGUUUGUCUCAUUUUUUGACCGAAUAGAAAGCUGUACAUUGAAUUAUUGACAUGAGGAGUCAGUCGUCCAUAGAUACCGAUUAUUUUCGAAAAGUGUUUUCUUUCGAGGUACGUCACAAAAAUUGAACAAUCUUCUGUUUGCGUCUAUUUCUAAAAAUAAUUCAUAAUAUGCGAAAGGACUAAAGACAGAAUCUUAGGUUUUCAAUUACAUUCAUUAUUGGAACCAAAAGCAUGUCUAAAAAAGGAUAUUCAUAAUAUAAUCAAGUAUAUUAUGAAUAUAAGGAUAUUCAUAAAGCUUACAAAAUUUACAUAAGACAUCCAAAGUUGAUAUAAACUGUCCAAAGUUUACAAAGUUUAUACGUAUUGUCCAAAGUUUACAAAGUUUGAACGAAAUGUCCAAAGUUUACAAAGUUUGAACGAAAUGUCCAAAGUUUACAAAGUUUGAACGAAAUGUCCAAAGUUUACAAAGUUUGAACGAAAUGUCCAAAGUUUACAAAGUUUGAACGAAAUGUCCAAAGUUUAUAUAAACUUGUUCAGCAAUCUGUCAGUCUCAGAAACCAAUAUAGACCAGGCAAAUUGUGUAACACACCUAAUUCCUCUGAGCAGUAGGAAAAUGAAGAGUCUUUUCGAUCGGCCAAUGACUAAUUAGCUGCGAUCACUCCUCGUCCGCGUCACCAGUCCUUUGAAAUCGAAUCGUGGCUGUUGAUCUCGCGACGCGGUAGAUCAGGGUACCCGUUCGUCUUCGCAAUAAUGUAAGCCGAUAAUUUAGGUGCGUCCCCUUACGCCGGUCUAUUAACGGUACGACAAGUUUGGCCGGUCAGCCAAAUCCUCCGUAAUUUCCGCGCCGUGUGAAAUCUCUUGUAGAUCCGAUUAACUGGACCCAUCCCUGUCCCGUCGGUAUCAAUCCCGAGAAUUGUCUAUCUGGGAACAUGUGUACGCCUGGAAUUAUGAGAUUAGUACAUUUAUUUAAAUUUCGAUCAUCUUCUUAACCACUUGCCCUAUAAUGACAACUGAAAUUCGUGACGAAGAUUUUUCACCCCUUGCCCAACUAUAUUGUGUCAGACUUGUAGCGAAGAAUUCAAAUAGAACUUAACACUAGCAUUACCGAGCAUUUAUUGGGGUUGACAUUAUAAUCCUCAUAAAGGUUGAAUACAUUCUUUCCGAUUUCUUUAAGCAUUCAUUGUCAUAUUUGAGUAGAACUGUUGAUUUUCAAAAUCAGUACCGACAUUGAAUACUUUCAAGACAUCGAUAAUUAAAUAAUAAAACUAAAAUCCGUCACUUUGACGGGUACGAUAAUACUAGUGUUAACGAAUAUAAAUGUCAUUUGUUUCUAGUACAAAAUUAAGUAUCUCUAUUAUCAAUUGUGAUGCUUCAGAAUAGAUUUCGUUCGUUUUCUAAUAAAUUGUGAGCAAUAAAAUAAUUUUGUCGAGAGUAGUUUUGAAAGAAAUCAAUACAAUAAACAGAAAAUGUGGUGUUUCCUUCAAUUAUUAAUAAUAAAUGAAUUUGACACGAGUAAUUGCAAAGAAAAUCACAUGGCAAGGAGUUAAGAAGAUUAUUCGCAUGUAGUUGCAAUUCUUGAUGAAGGAAAAUUCAUAUUAUAGAUUAUGUCUAUAAAAGAAAUUUUUUCUUGGAAUGUUAAUUUCAAAUUUGAUACAAAAUUUUCGGUAGGAUUGGUAGAUCUGAGUAAUCUAUUCAUUUUUCUCAAAAUCAAUUUUGCUAUGAUGAAACACACUAGUAAAUUAAAUUCAGUUCUUUCAGUUGAAUUCACUCGGCAUGUUCGAAGUGGCGGAAAAGUUCGUUAAAUACAAACUAAAACAGGAAUAUAUUAAAAGAAAUAUUAUUAUGGUGUACUUAAAGUAGUUUCAUAAAUCUUGAUCUACAGUUAGUUUCCUUCAAUCCUCAAUCACUGUUGAAAAUAAUUAAAACAAUAAUGGAAAGGCAUUAGUCUAUUACAAAAAUUCUUCAACAGUUUCUUUCUCAGUUUCAUUGAUAAACAGUUUAAUUACAGUUUGUUUAAAGUUUAUUUUUUUAAAUUAUAAUCUGAUACAAAUUUCUUUUGAAAAAACAAUAUUACAUGUGCACCAGCUCGAUGAAGCUACGCGAGAAACGCGCCCGAACCAAUUCUCUAGAAGCGACGUCUCCCUUCUGCCCGAAAAGACGGACAGUAGCGUCGUUGCUACAAUUUUACGAGGCUUUUUUUCGCUUCUUGCGACGAGUCAGCGUCUCGGCGUUGUGGAAACAAGCCCUAACCGUGCCGACGAGUAGAUGAAACUUAAACAAAACAACGGGAGGGAUGAGUUAACGAGCGCUUCGGCGCCGAUAGGUCGGCUUGGUCCACGGUUUCUUCCUUUUCGAGAGGAUCUCCCCGAUAUCCGGCUCCAUUUCAAUAUCUCUGAACUGAAAAGCAGCCCAAAUUUCAAUUUUCUGUGCUCGCAAGACAAAACGACGCAAAUUACAUUUUUACCAAAAUAUUAACGUUUGAAACCCUUAACGACUGAUGAUUUUUUAGUGAUCGCUUAUUGGAACUAUGAAACAGAAUGUUGACUAAAUGUAGAACAAAUGUCGAUAGGAGAUUUAAUAUAAUAAAGUAUAAAAUAUAUUUAUUAUUGUAAAAUGUACAUACAUAGGAAGUAGAAACACAUAUUUAAUAAAUAUAACAUUCUAUUCAGUUCUGCAUAUUGUGGAGCUUUUCGACAGCUCAGGGUUAAUACUGUGAAGUUUGUACAAAAUUCUGUAAUACUGCGAUUGUAAUACUGAAUUUCGUUCAAAAUUGUCAGAACUUAUAUGAACAAUAACUUACAUUUAAUAUUUAAAUAUAAAUGCGAAAUAUUUCACUGAACUAAGACUUGCUUCACUACGAUUUUCAAUCUUGAUAGUUCACUUUUGUUAUAGAAGAAAUUAUUUUUUAAAUAAUAUAUGUAAUUCUUGGUUUAAGAGUCAAUGGGAACAGAAAGUUGAAUCAAUCAGAAUUAAACCAAUUUGAAAUAUCGAAUCAAUUUGAAUCAAAGCAUUUGAAAUAUCGAAUCGAUUUGGAUUAAACAAAUUCGAAAAUUGUAUGAACCGAAUCGACUGGGACCGAAAAUCAGGACCAAAACAGAAAAUUUUUCGAAAAUACGGGUUGCGCCGUUUUGACUUACAACCGCAGAUAUAUCGAGGUUUAUUUUAAACCGUGGAGGGAAAAGUUCUGCCGCGUUUGACUCCGCUUAACGAAGACACGCCGCGUUAAAUCCGCCAGCGGACUUUAUUGCCGCACUGAAUCUUCGGGGAAAAAAUUAGGUGCCAUCGGUGUCAGACAUCGAGACCCGCGAUCGUCCAGUAAAAAAAUUAUUCGAAUUCUCGCGCCAGUUUUUUCAGCAAUCCACUUCCUUUCGAAGGGAAAAAUUCGGAGGCGAAAAAACGCGGGGCAUAUUUGAAUAUAAUUUUAUUUAAACAAUAUUGAACUACAAAAGCAGAAACAUUACUCAACGAUGUCGUUUAUUAGCUUGUUAAUUUAUACAUCAUUUGUAUCGAUAAAUAAUUUACUACUUAAAUUUUUCGUGGAAUAGAAAAUAGAUUUUUUGAAGUUUGAAAUAAUUCGAAGAAAUUUGAAACAGUUUGAACCUCGAAUUCUUUCUUUUAAUGGUGGUUUCCAAAGAACAUUAACGGAGGAAUUAGGGUCACGUUUGGAACUCGAUGAUUAAUGAUCGAAAGCGGUUGGCUUAAAUUCCUUUCAGAAAAAAUUGUCCUUUGAUCUUUGGAAGCGUUACAACUUGUCCUUCUGCUCGCCUUUACUGGAGUACACCGAAUGGAUGGAAUAUUCUUGUUACGCGAAAGAUAAAUUUCUACAGCCCGAUGGGAGGAUCGUCCACCGAUUUAUCGUUCUUUAUCUUUCUAAAACGUAAAGGACAAUUUCGAUUUGUAUGCGAAGGGAAUUCUUAAUUUACGAGAGACAGUCUGGUGAUUGCGCAGAUCAGUUCGAAUUUAACUGCAAGGAUACGUUUUUAUGACCUUUGUAAACAAUAUUUGGUUAUUAAUAUUCUAUAGGGCAAAUGAUAAUUUUCAUCAAAAAUUAAUUUCUUCAGAUUCCAAAAAUUCGUAUUUUUCAAUAUAUACAAUUUGUUUAGCUUUGUCUCUGGUUUCAGUAAAAAUCGAAGUGAAAAUGUAUUAUAUACUUUAUUUAAUUAUAAGCAUUCAAGCGCUCGCCGAGUGCUUCGAUCAUACAGCAACAAACCAAAAAUCAUUGUAUAUAGUAGGUUUAAGUAAAUAUUAAGGUCCGUCACGUAGUUUUUAACGAGAGACUGUAACAUAAGGCCAUGUAAAUAUAUAUGUUUCUAUUAUAUAGUAUUAAGUUUAAGUUUUUAGGUUAAGGUUAUGGUACGAUGGCCGGAAAACGCAAUAAUUUAUUAACUCAACAGAGUGUCUUGUAAAUAAUUCUGUAAAUAGUUUUUGAUCCUUUCCAUGCGGAGAUUUCUUCAAUUAUUUUUUAAUAAUUGGCAAAUUAUUGAAUAUUGACUGCGAAAGGAUCAAAAUGG